UUUCGCGUUCCAGCUGUUCAACGUCAUGAGCGUGUGGCCGGUGUAGUCAGAUGUUGUGUGUCUAGUGAGAUUUUCCAGAUUUAUUACUUGAAGGGGAGCAAAACAAAUCCACCAUCAUGCCGCUCUUUUGUCGAUACUACUCGCAGAAAUAUCCAGAAAUGGAUGAUGUGGUGAUGGUAACUGUAAGAAGCAUAGCGGAGAUGGGUGCUUAUGUGCACCUUUUAGAAUACAACAACAUAGAAGGCAUGAUCUUGUUGUCUGAGCUUUCCAGGCGACGUAUUCGAUCUAUGAAUAAAUUAAUCAGAGUGGGCAAGACGGAACCUGUCGUUGUCAUCAGAGUAGACAAAGAGAAAGGUUACAUUGAUCUUUCCAAAAGAAGAGUAUCGAAGGAAGAUGUUGAGCGAUGCACAGAGAAAUUUGCCAAAGCAAAAGCAGUCAACUCCAUCAUUCGGCAUGUAGGAGAGCUUCUUGGUUACACAUCCGAGGAGCAGGUAGAGGAGUUGUACCAGAAGACCGCCUGGCACUUUGAGGAAAAGUUCAAGAAGCAAGCCUAUGCAUAUGAUGUCUUUAAGCAGGCAGUCAUUGACCCAACAAUCCUAGAUGAAUGCAACUUAGAUGAAGAAACUAGGACUGUUCUUCUCUCACAAAUCCAACGUAAGCUACAAUCACAAGCAGUGAAGAUUCGAGCAGAUAUAGAAGUGUCAUGCUUUGAGUAUGAAGGCAUUGAUGCUGUCAAGAGUUCACUUAGGGAGGGUAUUGCUCAAUCUACACAGGAAAUUCCUAUCAGAAUAAACCUCAUUGCACCACCUCUUUAUGUCAUGACAACUCAAACCACAGAGAAGCAGGAUGGUCUUAGGGCAUUAGAAAGUGCCAUCACUAAAGUAACAUCCAAAAUCACCAGUUAUGGAGGAACACUCAGUGUCAAAAUGGCCCCCAAGAUUGUCACAGAUGUGGAAGAGGCUGAUCUUGCAAGACAACUGGAGAAGGCAGAAGAAGAGAACAGGGAGGUGGGAGGUGAUGAUGAUGAUGAGGAAGAAGUGGGAAUGGGAGAGUUAGAUGUUGACAGCGAAGAAGAAGAAGAAGAAAAGGAGAGUGAAGAUAAAAAAGAGGAUGAAUAGCAUUUUGAAUUUACUGAUAUGGCCAAUAAAUAAUCAUAAAUUAAGAAGGAAUGCCUGGAGAAGUGCGAGGCUGUGAAAGUGGCUAAUGUCUUUGUGCACAUAAUUUCAAAAGCUUGUUUUUGGUAGGAAAAUUGUUUGCAAAUUGUUUUAUAUUGAUUGAGAAAAAUCUUAGGAGGGCAAUUUCCAACAAAAAAUAUAGAUGCAUAUAUUUUUUAUAGUUUCAUUUGGCAUCUUUGAACAUUAUCUUGGGAUAUUGUUAGCACAAUUAUUAGAAGCAAAGGAGAAAACAGCAAAGUUAUGAAUAAUUGAAGGGAGCUGUCUCAUUCUUACCAUUGUUGUUUAGAGUACUGUGUAAUUUACAUAAGUACUUUUAUGGAAAUCUAAUUUGAUUUGUCUUUAUCUCUAGUAUAUCAUAAGUACCAGAAUCUUGCACAUAGGAAAUAUUUAUAUUUUCGAUGCUGGGGGAAACUGGUGUAUAGGCUUGAUGAGCUAAAUCUAACAUCCUUGGCAGAGUAGGUGCACGUUAUCAAAAAUGUUAAUGAAUUAGCAAGGUUAUUCACUGAAUGCUGAAAUAUUUAGUUUUUCAUCAAGCUAUCUGUCUGUUUCAUUAAUUUCCACUCCUUUCGUUGAGAUCUCAAUGCAACAAGUGACAAGACUCAAGAAAAUGUUCUCAAUAAAAAAAAUAACAAACUAAUUUCUAAAUCAAUCUCAGGAGGGUAUUUAAAUAUAUUGAGGAAAAGUUGCUCUUCCUUUUGUAUUUUUCUUUUUUUACAAUAUGAGGAAUUAUCUUUUAAUAUUAUAUUUGUAAUCCCAACUAGGUUGCUAAUGCCUUGCCUUGUGCAGUUAGCCAUAGACAGCCUGUUUUGUACUUUUCAUCCAAGGUGAUUAUUAAAUGGUUUUGAGGAAA